AUGCCUUUCGUGGAGCUGGACACGAACCUGCCCGCCGACCGCGUGCCCGCGGGGCUGGAGAAGAGGCUCAGCGCGGCUACUGCGUCCAUCCUGGGCAAACCCGAGGAGCGCGUGAACGUGACGGUGCGUCCCGGCCUGGCCAUGGUGAUGAACGGCUCCGCGGAGCCCUGCGCGCAGCUGCUCGUGUCCUCCAUUGGCGUGGUGGGCACGGCCGAGGAGAACCGCGGCCACAGUGCCGGCUUCUUCGAGGUCCUCACCAAGGAGCUGGCCCUGGACCAGGACCGGAUAAUUAUCCGCUUUUUCCCCCUGGAGCCCUGGCAGAUUGGCAAGAAGGGGACGGUCAUGACUUUCUUAUGA